AUGCCGCACGCGGUAAAUAUGCCGGCGCCUGGCCUGCAGGCCCUCAUUCUGUGUGGGCCGGGCAUGUCCUUCACAACCUUUUUGGCCAACCUAGAUGAGAACCCCAAGGCUCUGCUACCCAUCGCUAACCGCCCGAUGGUCUGGUACCCCAUCGACUUUUGCUAUCGAAUGGGCAUCACGAACAUCACUCUCAUUUGCCCUCCAACCGCUGCGGCCGCCAUUGAUACGGCUCUGAAAACCAAUCCAUUCCUUACCAAUCUACCGCACCCCUGGCCGGAGCUCUUGGCCCCGGAGAAUCUUGAUGAAAAUACAGGUACAGCAGAGAUACUGCGCUUGCCCGAGGUGCGUGCCAAGGUCACGACCGACUUUCUCGUUCUGCCCUGCGAUCUAGUCUGUGAACUGGGCGGCGACAAGCUACUACAGACAUGGAUGGUCAGGGCCGCGGACCGUUCAGCCCUUAAUGAUGGCUCGCGACGUGGUAGCGGAGGCUUAGGGGUCUGGUAUGACACCAAGACUGUUACUACGCCCGUCAAGAGUGAAAUGACCGAUUUCAUCGCGACGGCGCCCCUGGCCCAACCGGCCGUCCCUACAUCAAAGGACUCUCUCCUGCAUCAUCUAUCGAAGCUGGUCAUCGCUAUGCCCACCGACACACUGAGCGAUAUCAAAGAAAUGAAAAAUGGCCUGCCGAUACGGCAUGCAUUGUUUGGCAAACAUGCUAAGGUGAGAUUGCUGACGACGCAUCGAGAUGCUCACAUCUAUAUCUUCCCUCAGUGGAUUAUGGAUUUCGUUGCAGAGAACCCCCGCUUCGACAGCAUCAGCGAGGAUGUCAUUGGGUGGUGGGCCAAGGCCUCCUGGCAAACCGGGCUUGCAGAGAAGCUAGGGAUGAAGUCCAUACUGCAUUAUAACGUGGAGGCAUCGGAAGAGGGCUCAACUCACGGGGACGACAAUGAUGCGGCUUCUUCACCGACUACACGACAACCCCGACCCGCAAGGCAUGCUAUUGGCAACUUGCGGACGCCAACUAUACCCCCUAUGUUGGCCUACAUACAUCCAUCGGGCGGCUCGAUCAUUCGACGCGUCGACGAUGCCCAGUUGCAACUGACGGUAUCGCUGCAGCUGGCAAAACUGCCUUCGGUGGAAGAAGCAGGCGCCGAUGCAUCGCCUUUCGCGCAUGUCAAAAAAGUCGCGUAUCCAGAAGGGGUGAAGCCGCGGACAACGAUCACACGGCAAGACAGCCUGUUGGCCGAGAACGUGACGGUUGACGAAAAGACGUCGAUCAAGGAAAGUGUGGUGGGGGCCAGCUGCCAAAUUAAGGAAGGCGCAAAGCUAUUUCAGUGCUUGCUCAUGGAGGGUGUGGUGAUCGGAAAGAGCUGCAAGCUCACUCGAUGCAUCUUGGGGAAAAACAGUGUGGUUGGGGAAGGCAGCACCCUCACUAAUUGUGAGGUACAGGAGAACUUGCUCGUUGAGCCAAAAACCGAGGACAAGGAUAACAGACUCAUGAGCAGCGAGGGCCUGGAAGCCACCCAACAAGAAAUCGACGACCUUGCACUUGCAGAUGAGGAGUUCGAAAUGUAG